CACUCAGCGCGCAGCUCCGGAGCGCAGCAUCCUCCACACUUCUGCAGGGAAAUCCAACCGCGUCUCUCCUCCCUUUACCGCCUCUCAGCAUCCAAAACCGGAGCUGCUCUUUUUCCACGGAGAGAAGCUCUUUAGAUUUUUCUAACCCCGAACCGGCUCUGAUUCGUGCUGUGAAACGCGCAGCCUGACUUUUUGCUUGUUCCCGAUGUGGAGCCGCUCUUUGGACUCGCGGUGGGACGCGGUGUUUGCUUUGUGGAUGUGCGGAUCUCGGCGCUCUGCACACCGGCAGAAGCACCCAAAGUGCUGCUAGUAUUAGUGGAGGGACUGACAGGACUUGUGUGCCGGCGGUGGAGCUGUGAGGAGGAGGAGGAGAAGCAGCAGCAGCAGCGUGGGAAGGAAACAUGGUCCAGAACGUAAUUCUGGUGUUUUUCCGCAGGAGACUGAGCCAGAGGCCGGCGGUGGAGGAGCUGGAGAGCCGGAACAUCUUGAAGCAGAGAAAUGACCAGACUGAACAGGAGGAGAGGAGGGAAAUUAAACAGCGGCUGAACAGAAAGCUGAACCAGCGUCCGACGGUGGACGAGCUGCGGGACAGAAAGAUCCUGAUUCGUUUCAGCGACUAUGUGGAAGUUGCAAAAGCUCAGGACUAUGACAGGCGAGCUGACAAGCCCUGGACCAGACUGUCAGCUGCUGACAAGGCGGCGAUACGGAAGGAACUGAACGAGUUCAAAAGCAAUGAGAUGGAAGUUCAUUCUUCGAGCAAGCAUCUGACAAGGUUCCACCGGCCUUAGCAAGGUUUCUUCUGUGAAGAGUUGCUUAUAUCUGGUCCUGUCAGUGAAGACUUUGCACGGAGUCUUCCAGCGCCUUGGCCCACAGUCAGUGGGUGUCCUGAUAUUCGGGUCCAGCGAACCUUGGAGGCUAUGUCUCUAGAAAUGGAUCUGCCGUUAGAAGGGGACGCAUGCAGCAGGCUCCACUUCCGCUCAGAGGAACAUCUCCUUCACCUUCACUUCACCUUGCCAGAGGAGCAGGAAGAAUCAAGGCCAUGGAUUCGCCAUAGACACGCAGAGACUUCUUUUUGUAAACAGACUCUUUUGAAAGACGUCCUUUUUGACGCGGCAGGGGGGCACCGUGCAUGUGACCGAGUCGACCAGUCCCACUCCAGUAUCAGUAGUCACAUCCCCGAGCUGUGUCUGAGUCUCACUGAUUCAGUUGAUGAUGAAUUUCAUAUCGACAGUGUAAAUGUUCUUAAACAGAAAUCUUGUCUGUGUACGAGACAAAAAUCCCUUUGUAAGCACUAUUUAUUGUCUGCACAAUACAGGUUUUCAAUUUGUAACAAA